GAUCGACCACAGACAACGAUGUGCGUAAAUGUUGCGGGAAAAUACCGAUGGAAUUCUUUUUAAACAAUGCCUUGUCGUGGCUAGAUUGCUGGGAUUUUUUUCAAUCAUUUGAUGGAUCUGUAGUAAGUUUACACGCUUGCUGACCAAGGACGCCUACAGUUCAUUGCGGUUUCGCUGCGGCUGCAGCAGGGAGCUACUUAAAUUCUCAAAUAGUUUUACUAACGCAACGGGAUCCCUAUCGACCACAAGAAAUGCGGCACCGGCUUCCUUACAAUGACCGUGUUUUGUGUUUCAUUCACAACUUUGUAGAAAGCGGAUGGUCCGAAUGAAGCUUGCUUUGUAGGCUAUCUAUAAAACAAGCCUCGUUUUCUUCUGAAGACAGGGCAAAUGUCUGAUUGAGGAUUAUAAACUGUCAAUAUUAUCGAUCGAGAUGGAAAGCGAGGUUUUCCCCACCUACCUUAAGCAAUUUAUGUUGAGCCCGCUUGUCACUUGGGUGAAGACAUUUGGGCCUAUUGAGGGUACCACGCAAUUGGAUUAUUCUGAGUUGCUGGACGGGGUCUUUUUGAACGAGAUCAUGAAUGAAAUAAAUCCCAAAUCUUCUCUUGAGUGUGUAAACAAAGUGAACAUGGACUCGGUUCAGAGAAUCCAGAACCUGGCUGUUUUGAUCCGUCAAAUCAAAAUGUAUUACCUGGAGAAUCUGAGGCAAUUGAUCGUGAUCCCCCCUCCUAACGUGCUGCUGCUUGGGAAGUCACCUCACUCUGAGCAAGGCCUGGAGGAGAUGAAGAAGGUGUUGCUGUUGCUGUUGGGAUGUGCUGUCCAGUGUGAGAAGAAAGAGGAGUACAUUGAACGGAUCCAGACACUCGACUUCGACACGAAAGCUGCCAUAGCAGUUCACAUCCAAGAGGUGACCCACUGUGAGGACAGCGUUCUGGACCUCCACUGGCUGGAGUCCAGCGGCCUUCACCCAGACGACCUGGAGACGGUGUCCAGGAACAUGGCUCUCCACCUCAGACGGCUGGUGGAGCAGAGGGACUCACAGCUGGAGUCCAUAGUGGAGCUCAUGCUGGACAGGGAGAGCCCCCCGCCCUCCCCUCCAGGCGCCCAGUCCCCCAGCGAGGGCCCCAGCGUGCACCAGCAGCAGCCAGGCGCCCAUCAGCACCUGGCUGUGGAGCUAGCCGACGCCAAGGCCAAGAUCAGACGCCUGCGGCAGGAGCUAGAGGAGAAGAGCGAGCAGGUGCUGGACGGCAGACAGGAGCUGGAGAACACCGAGGCUGAUCUAAAGAGGCUUCAACAUGAGAAUGCGUCGUUGCUGGCAGACGCGCGGGCGGCGCGCGCCUACCGCGACGAGCUGGACGCCCUGAGGGAGAGGGCCAUCAGGGCGGACAAGCUGGAGAGCGAGCUGGGCCGCACCCGGGAGAAACUGCACAACAUGGAGUUCUACAAGACUAAAGUGGAGGAGCUGAAGGAGGACAACCAGGUUCUCCUGGAGACCAAGGCGGUGUUGGAGGAGCAGGUGGAGGGCUGGCGAACACGCUCAGACAAGCUGCACCAGCUGGAGAAACACAGUCUGCUGCUGAAGGCCCGGGUCCACGACAUGGAACAGGAGAAGGAGGUGGACAGGAGGCGUGUAGAGGAGCUGCAGGAGGAGAACCUGGCUCUGUGUCUGGCCCAGAGGAGGAGCAUGGAGGAGUCCCAGCACCUGGGCUGGGAGCUGGAACAGCUGUCCAAGAGCCCUGACAACACAGAGAGUCAGAAGUCCCUGAGCGAGGAGGUGAGCGAGAAGACCAGGAGUCGUCUGCUGAAGCUGGAGAAAGAGAACCGCAGUCUGCUCAGGACCAUCGAGGACCUGAAGACCGUCUGUGGCCUCCGACCGCACCACGACCGCAACCACCCCGCAGCGGACAUCUACGGCUCCACGCAGAGCACAUCCUCCUUUGAGCAUCCCCUGCUGGCCCGAAACGAGACAAGGGACUUCGCCGCGAUGGACGAGGGCGACUCGUCGCUUUCCAACACGUUGGCGCUUCAACGCGCCCACGACGACGACGAGUCCGAGGCAGAGAUCGCCCGGCUGGAGAGAGAGAGCGAGACCCUGGAGGAGAAGAUGGACCCUCGGGAUCAGGAGAAAGGUCAGCUGGAGGAGGAAGGGGACCUGAAAGACCUGACCCCCGACCUGGAAGCGCCGGAGAAAGGCUCUCCUCACUGCUCGCCCUGUUCCAAGAACAGCAGCCCUCUCUGGGGCAGCUUGGCGAACCGCUCGCCCUACUCCUCCAAGCACACGGAGCGUCUGCAGGCCAAGUGCGGUGUGCUGGACACGGAGAACCAGCGCUUGCAGGCAGCCCUGGAUAACACUGGUCGUAAGCUCCAGCGCGUGGAGGCGGAGGUGCAGGAGCUGGAGGCGGAGAACCAGGCCCUGCAGGCGGGGCUGGAGGAGCUCCGGAUCUCCUCCCGGAGGCUGGAGCAGCUGGAGGUGGAGAGCCGCACCCUGGAGCAGGAGGCCUCGGGCCUGGAGAGGGACAAGAGGAGGCUGGAGAAGGACAACCGCAGGCUCAAGCAGCAAGCCGAGAUCCAGGACGCCACCCUGGACGCGGCCAACGUGCGCGUGGCCAGCCUGGAGCGGGACGCCCGCGCCCUGGGGAAGGAGGCGGAGGGCCUGAGGGAGACAUCCGAGAGGGUGAAGGCCCUGGAGAGGGACAACAGGGAGCUGGCCAAGCAGACAGCCAUCGACCACCGGACCCUGGCCACGCUCAGAGAGGAGUUGGUGAGUGAGAAGCUGAAGAGCCAGCAGAGAGAGAAUGAGCUGGAGAGGCUGGCCCACCAGCUGGAGCUGAAGGUGUUCAACCUGGACUCUCCAGCCAGCGAUGAGGAGACCCCAGAGAGCAGUAGGUUCAAGAUGCUGGAAUCGGAGCUGGAGUCUUCCCUGAAGAGGUCCCUGCAGAUCAAGGAAGACAAGAUGGCCGCCCUUGAGGCUCGUCUGCAGGAGUCCUCCACCCUCAACCAGCAGCUCCGCCAGGAACUCAAGACUGUGAGGUUGAACUACGAGGCACUGCAGCAGAGAAACGAGGAGGAGCGGGCGGACGCUGGCUCCGCCCCCCAGAGGGAGAGUGGCAGGGCUGCCAGCGAAUGGCAGCGGGAGAGCCAGGAGGCCACCAGGGAGCUGCUGCGGGUGAAGGACCGCCUCAUCGAGGUGGAGAGGAACAAUGCCACCCUGCAGGCGGAGCGCCAGGCUCAGCAGGCCCAGCGGACUCAGCAGGAGGCCCAGUCCGAGGGGCUGCAGGCCCAGAUCCUGGCCCUGCAGAGGCAGACCGCCUCGCUGCAGGAGAACAACACGGCGCUGCAGACGCACAACGCCAACCUGCAGGUGGAGAAGUCCACGCUGAACUCCCAGAGCGCCUCCCUGCUGGCCCAGAACGCCCAGCUGCAGAGGCAGCAGUCGGCGGCGGAGGGCGAGCGCGAGGGCGCGGCGCGGGAGCGCGAGGAGGCGCGCGGCGUCCACGAGCAGCUGCUGCGCGACCACGAGCGCCUGGCGGCGCUGCACGAGCGGCAGGCGCAGGAGUGCGAGGCGCUGAUGGGGAAGCACGGCGGGCUGAAGCACGCUCACCGCAGCCUGGAGCUGGAGCACCGCACCCUGCAGGACAGGUACAACACUCUGCUGCAGCAGAGAGCCAGGCUGGAGGGCUUGGAGAAGGCCCUGAGGGAGGAGCAGGAGAAGAUGGCCCUGGAGAAGGAGCAGCACAGGACCACCGCCUCCGAGUGCCGCAGGCUCCGGGACGAGAAGGACUGGCUGAACCAAACCUACCGCCAGCUGGUGAAGGACAAUGAGGAGCUCCAAGCCGACCAUAAGAACCUGAAGACCCUGCUGAACAGCACCAAGCUGGACCAGACCAGGCUGGAGUCGGACUUCUCCAAGCUUAAGGAUCAGUACCAACAGCUGGACAUCACCUCCACCAAGCUCACCAACCAGUGUGAGCUUCUGAGACAGGUGAAGGGGAACCUCGAGGAGGAGAACCGGCAUCUUCUGGACCAGAUCCAGACCCUGAUGCUGCAGAACCGGACCCUGCUGGAACAGACCAUGGAGAGCAAAGACCUGUUCCACGUAGAACAGAGACAGUACAUAGACAAACUGAACGAGCUGAGGAGGCAGAAGGAGAAGCUAGAGGAGAAGAUCAUGGACCAGUACAAGUUCUACGACCCGUCACCUCCACGCAGGCGAGGAAACUGGAUCACCCUUAAGAUGAGGAAGCUGAUGAAGCCUCGCAGCCGAGAGCGAGGGUCCGAGCGCACGCCCGGCUCCCCGCCCCCCACGCGCUCCGCCUCCAGGGAGGGCCCCCCCGGGGGCCCCGUCCCCUCCUCCUGCCGGGACGACGGCUCCUUCGUCGGCUCCGGCGGCUCCGCCUCCACCUCGGUGACGGACGCGCUCUCGCCGCGCCGCCGCAGCAGCAUGUCCGCCCUGAAAAUCUUUCCCCUCAUGAGGAACAGACUGAAGGACAGGGACAAAGUCAAGUCUGUCUUCCGUUCCUCCAUGUACAAGGAUUCUAACGACAGUGCCGUCCCAUCUGGCUUCGAUGACAACGAUGACUUACAGAACCACGGUCUGAAUGGCGUGGGGAGUCGUGCCCAGAGCGAGAGCAGCGGCGAGUUCAGCCUCAGCCUGGACAACGAGCCCUGGUCCAACGGCAGCAGCCCCAUCCAGCACCCUCCCUCCCGCCGCUCCUCCUCCUGCCAGCCCCCCAGCGACGCCUCCACCCCCCGAAACGGCCGCCCCGCGCACAGGGACAAGGCGUCCAAGGGCUCCUCCUUGCCCAUGCCCAUCCCCACCGCGAGCACGCCUGGCGUGAGCCACUCCGCGCACAAACCGACAGAGGCGGGAAACGGGGACGUGUGGCCGUGCCGGAGGAGCGUCAUCCGCCGGGGCUCGGGCGGGAAAAUCGCCCGGCGCUCGUCCGCCGUCGAGACGGUCGGCGGGAAACCGGUCAAAGGACCUCCGGGCAAACCGGAGCAGACCCCCCCCCGAGCCUCCGCCUGCUCCGCGAUCACGGUCCUCUACGUCCAGGGUAAGUCGUCCUCCACGUCGGGCUGCCUCAACUGCUUCUCCGCCCCGCUGGGGAAAGACGUCCGCCUGAGGGGGCUGCGCCCCCCGUCCACGCUGCCCCGGGCCAGCAGCGUCAUCUCCACAGCCGAGGGGUCCUCGCGGCGCUCCAGCGUCAACAGCGACUGCAGGGUGGCGGGGGCCAAGGUCGACCUCGCGAUCUCGCCGGCCAACGGUAUUCAAGAGAUCGAGGAUUGCGGCGAGGAUUCAGCCAAUCGGGACGAGCGACGGCACACGGGUUUGAAAGAGCCCGUGCCGCCAGUCAAGCCUCCCAGAGACCCAGCUGUGGCCGCGGCAGAAUCUGAACUCAAGGCUUCCUGUGUGGAGUCUCUGUUUGGCUCCCCCUUCGAUUUCACCGCGGUUUUCUCCGACACCAUCUUCAGAGAGGCUGCGGCCGCCACUCACGCCGAGAACGAGAAGAACCAGACGUUCCUUUCUCUGAACCCUUCCCUUGUCCGGAACAUCAGCUGCCCGCCCCUGAGGCAGGAGUCCACCGACGACACAGCUCAGCCAGAGGACCAGAGCCAAACUGCUCAAAACCAAAAUGGCCGCCACGACUGUGAAAACGAGAGGGAGGUUAGCGAUGACAAGCAUUUUGUUAUUGCAUGAAUACGAUCCUGAUUUUGAGUUAUGCAAAUAAAAAUACAGUUGCUAUGCAUCAUUUGAAUCUACUCUGAGUGAAGGAAAAGCUACAUUUAAAUGUUUUAUUUUGUUUGGAGGGAAUGGCAGUACUGACUAGGUUCCUUUUAGGAGUAGAUGAAAGUAGAACUCCUUUUGCAGUAUGUAUUCACAACACUGUCUGUCUUUAAGAUCCCUCAACUUUUAGAUACAGUUUUGUACACAUCAAACACUACACCAUCCUAUUGUUAUGGGCUUGAAUCACAAGUUUAAAUGAAAUAUACUUGAUAUGGGUUUACCUUACCUUAAUAGUAAUACAUUGUUAGUAGAUCAUUCCUCUGUUGCUAUUACCUGGCUUAAGCACAUUGACAAUCCCACUUUGUGUAUUUUAAGUUUGUUUGCCAAAACCCUUUUCAGUGUUGUGGAAAAGUAUUUUUAUGUAUUUUACUUGUAUUUAUAAGCUCUUUUUGAGUGCGUCCUCAAUACUCAAAUGCACUUGUGAGUAACCUGCUCUGUUUUAAUACAGUUGUUUUUUUGUUUUGUUUUUUGCCAUUGUGUUAUUUAGGCCUGGGAAAACUUUAUCAAAACUUGCUCAUUAAAAACAUAGUGUAUAUGUUGUAAAAUAAAACAUGUAUCUGAAUGUGUUAUUUCGCUUAAAUUGAUCAAUUUUAAAGUGAUUGUCCAGUAUAGAUUUAAGGAAUGAAUAAUAAAUUAGGUAAGUUUAUAAUGUUAAAACGUUGUAAUAAUAACGCGAUUUUGAUUGGA